CACACCCAGUAAUGACACAAUAACUUCACUUACUCCUCAGAGCUCCGGUUCACAGUGUUCACCGCCUGAGAGAUAUUAGAGAAGAAGAAACAGUCUGAAUAAAAAUGGUGGCGUCAACCACAGAAGGAACUGCCAUGACAGUAACCUCUGGGCCGGGCACUACAGCCAGCAAUGUCUCAACCUUCCUGGACUCUGAGUUUCGUUACGUCCUCUUCCCCGUCGUCUAUGGCAUCAUCUUCAUCCUCGGCCUCUUCGCCAACAUCUAUGUGCUGUUUGUUGUGCGCCGCCUCCGCGCAGCCAGGUCCAUGGGUGAAAUCCGCAUCUACAUGACCAACUUGACCAUUGCUGACCUUCUUUUCGUGUCCGCCCUUCCCUUCUGGAUUGGCUACUACAGUCGCCAUGGUAACUGGGUGUACACAGACUUCAUGUGCCGGCUGACGGGGUCGUUGUUCUUCAUCAACAACUACUGCUCCAUCCUCUUCCUCGGAGCCAUCAGUGUCAACAGGUACUGGGCGGUCACCCGGCCUCUGGACGCGGCCUCCUCAGACCACAGGCGCCGUGGCAUCAUCGUGUGCGUCAUCAUCUGGGCAUUGACCAUAGGGAUGGCGAUUCCUCAAUUGGCGUCUCCAGGAACCUACACUGACGAGAACAACGUCACUCGCUGCUUUGAGGGAUAUCAAAAUGAGACUGAUGAAAAGAAGACAGAAGUAGCUGCCAUGCAUUUUUUAAUAAUUGGAAUGUUCUAUGUCGUCUUUUUUCUUGUUGUGGUGUGCAAUUGCCUUAUCGCUCGAGCGUUACUGUCUCAAAAUCCUCCCCAGCCUGAAAUAAGAUCUGCAUCAACUAUGUCCAGAAAGUCCAAAAGGCCCAGGGGGGUGAAACGCAGGGCUCUCCAGAUGUUGCUGGCAGUGGUGGGAGUGUUCGCUCUGUGUUUCCUGCCCCACCAUAUCAUCCAAGGCCCCUGGACACUGGCGGUGUUGCAGAUCAACCAGGGCUGGGGCCACGUGGACUGGGACCAGGGCACUCUCCAGGCGCUCAACGACGCACAUCAGAUCACCUUGGUCCUCAUGGGCCUCAACUGCAUCCUGGAUCCUGUCGUCUAUUUUUUCGCCACGAGGAAGUUCAGAAGGUUCAUCGUGGCUCAAGUUAAAAGAAUCGGAAAGGGAGAAGGGUGCUCGCACACGGCCACCUCUCAGAUGUCUAUGGACAGCAAAAAUCCAAGCCAGAGACUUCCCAGUGAGAUCCAACAACCUGGCAUGGAUUGAUUCAGACAUUUGUAAUAGUUGUAUAAAAAUGUAGAUAUUUAUUACAUGGCGCAUGAGCCUGACAGGAGGGUUUGUGCUUGGCAUGUCAAGUGUCCUUGGUGUGUUGUGGUGGGAUGCAUCGUGUGUGCAAGACCACAACUCUCUUGUUGCGACUCGUUAAAAAUUACACACCACACAGAAUUUUGUGACUAUGCACAUAUGCUGUGAGAGCUGAUGUCUGAAUUACACCAGUCCUCCUGCUCUUCCUGUGUGAAGUGGAAGCUGAAAAGCAGAAGUUUUGCAAGCAGAAGUGAUAAAACACAACUUAUGUAAGAAAUGCACUUUAUCAGUUUGUUAAAUUAACUGAAGAGACACCAGACACAAAGUCAACAAUUUUAAACAUAUGGUGCCUUAGCUUCUCACUAGAUUACACACACACACACAAAAUCUUAGUAAAAUAAAGAAAUAAAAAGUAAUCAAAGAAAUCUCACAAUGUUUUUGAGAAAAUGUACGAUCAAUAAUGCACGAUGUACAAACAUUUGACCAUUUUGUGACACUUGGUAUGAUCAGUCGUAAUCUGGAUAGUAAAAUGUGGAUCACGUCUGUGUUCACGCAUCUCUUCUCACGUGACGCCUUUCCAGCAAAGCAUGCUCGUACUGAUGACCGGCACGCCUGGACAAGUCCUAUCUGGCAUUGUGAAACCAGGGAACAGAAGUUAUAAUGCUUGAGUUGUGUUUCCCCUCUGCCAUCCAAUAUUGUGUCAUCCCAUCUAUGUUUCGUGGUGAAAGAAAAACAGCCCAUGACUGACUGGGGGAAAGAAAGCUGUACAUAUCUGCUGUAACGCCAAACAGAUUUUCUGAUGCAUUUGAACAGCUGUGGUUGUCUUGUAUUCUAUUCAAAAGGUGUGUGCAGUGUUCCCGAAACAUCUUCUCAAAGUACGAUUUGUUAUAACCCUGUAAUAACAUUUUUAUGUGUGGAUUUCAUUUGCUGUGACUGUGAUGAUAAAUUUAAAUGAAAAAGUAA